UUUGGUGGAGGCGCUCCUCCUGCUGCCCCGCCCAGUAGGUUUGUUCGUACCAAUUCUUCCACACCCUAUCUCCCUCCUCCUUCUCCUCGCCCCGCCUUUCCCCUCCCUUCUCCUCAGCUCCUCUAGUUCCUUCCCCGCCUCGCCGCCUUCCACGAUCUCGCGAGACUGGGCCCAGAACAUUGCGGAUCGGGUCGGCGCCAUUUUGGGACUGAGACUGGUCGUGGGGGAGGGAAAAGCGGCAAAAGGGGAUUAUUCAAAGUACCGAAAACCUCCUCCCGGGAUCGAGCGCAGCGGCACCCCCAGGCCAGGGGCACCUCUGGUGUCGCAGAAGGUGAUUGAAUUACUCAGAUAUGAAGAUCAUCUUCUAGGUUUUGUGUAAAAAGGCCCCGGAUAUUUCAAGUGGCCAUUUUGGAAUUACAAUGUUUCUGGAUAAUUUUGCCCCAGAAGUUUAUUAAAAUUGGCAAGAAUCAUCUCUGAAGUGAAUUGAUAGUAGUGAACAAUUCUACAAGCUUUAAAGAGACCCAGGCAUUUCUUCAGUAUUUUGGUUCAGACGGAUUAUAUAACUGGUUAAAGUAUUUCAGCUGGUGGUAUUUUUGCCUCCCCCCCACCCCCCAAUCCCUCCCCUGUUGUUGGUGUUCUUCAGCCAGAACUGUAAGAUAUGUUUGAUUUGUGUACUGAGUAGUUUCUCUGCAGUUUCAAAUUACUGUUUAAAUAUUGCUGAAGUUUCAUGGCAGUUUAUUUUUACCUUUAUUUAAAGUUUUAGGAAUUUUUGACCUCAGCCCUUUUCAUGUCACAAUGGGACAGCUUUUCUAAAUGAAGACAUUGAACGAAUACAGAGUUUUUUUGCUUUUAUCUUUUAUUUACAUGGAAAUUUAAGAUGUUGCAGUUUCCCAGCAGCAUGGUAGUAUUGAGAUAGCUGUGUGUCUCUGUUUAUGCUGAUGUUUAGGAAUGCUCUUCAGAUGUGAAAUUUUCUUUUUGUUUUUGCUUUUUGGCUCGUAAAUUGGAUAUUUCAUCUGGAGUGGAUAAGUACAACAGUGACAAGUACAUGGAAUAAUAAAGAAGACUUUAAAAUCUUAAAUCCAAGGAACUUGGCUAAUUCUGGAGAUAACCAUAUGAAAACUUUAAAACAGAAGUAUGGGUAGCUGACUGAAGUAACUCUAUGUCAAGUAGCCAUAGGUUAAGUAUCUUCAAAGAACUUGGAUUUUAUUUCAGAGGAUACAAAAUAAAAAAACAAACUGGAAAACAUAAAGAUUACAGAGAAAAACCCAACACCUUCCUGUGCAGUCCUGUUGGAAUUUCUGAACUGAGUCAUCGCUGGGAUUUUACAUUGUUAUAGCAGUGUUUUCUCACACACAUGGUUUAAGAAAACACAUAGGGUAAACCAGUCAUCUCUUGCUGCAAGGUUAUUUUACUUGAUGGAGAAGAUUAGAGUUGCUCCAGGGGACUGGAUUAAUAAAUUCUUUUGGGAGGCUCUGCUUUGAGGGACUUGCCAUGAGGUGUUGAAGCCUUGUUUCGCUGAGUUGGAGAGACUGGACCUAAAUGGCGCAGCAUGACUUUGCUCCAGCCUGGCUUAAUUUUCCUACCCCACCAUCAUCAACAAAGUCGUCACUGAAUUUUGAAAAGCAUUCUGAAAACUUUUCAUGGACAGAAAAUCGUUAUGAUGUGAAUCGUCGACGACACAACUCUUCAGAUGGCUUUGAUUCUGGAAUUGGACGUCCUAAUGGAGGUAACUUUGGAAGGAAAGAAAAAAAUGGAUGGCGUACACAUGGAAGAAAUGGUACUGAAAACAUAAAUCAUCGAGGGGGAUACCAUGGUGGAAGUUCCCGUUCUCGUAGCAGUAUUUUCCAUUCUGGAAAAAGCCAAGGCCUACAUGAAAACAGCAUACCUGACAGUGAAACGGGGAGGAAAGAAGACAAGAGAGAACGCAAACAGUUUGAGGCUGAGGAUUUUCCAUCUUUAAAUCCUGAGUAUGAGAGAGAACCAAAUCAGAAUAAAUCUUUAGCUGCAGGUGUAUGGGGCCUACACGCCCAGACACACACAUACCCAACCAAAAAAAUCUCCCAAGCUCCUCUCUUAGAAUAUCCCCCGAAUCCUAAAUCUAGAACUCAAAGGAUGCUGGUCAUUAAGAAAGGUAAUACAAAAGACUUACAGCUAUCUGGAUUCCCAGUAGUAGGAAAUCUUCAGUCACAGCCAGUUAAGAAUGGGACUGGUCCAAGUGUUUAUAAAGGCUUAGUCCCUAAGCCUGCCGCUCCACCUACAAAACCUACACAGUGGAAAAGCCAAACUAAAGAAAAUAAAGUUGGGACUUCUUUCCCUCAUGAGUCUACAUAUGGUGUCGGAAACUUUAAUACUUUUAAAUCAACUGCCAAGAAUUUUAGUCCAUCAACAACUUCAGUGAAAGAGUGUAAUCGCUCAAAUUCCUCUUCACCUGUUGACAAACUUAAUCAGCAGCCUCGUCUAACCAAACUGACACGUAUGCGCACUGAUAAGAAGAGUGAAUUUUUGAAAGCAUUGAAAAGGGACAGAGUAGAAGAGGAACAUGAAGAUGAAAGCCAUGCGGGCUCAGAAAAGGAUGACGACUCAUUUAAUUUGCAUAACAGCAACAGUACUCACCAAGAAAGGGAUAUAAACCGAAACUUUGAUGAAAAUGAAAUUCCACAAGAGAAUGGCAAUGCCUCGGUAAUUUCCCAACAGAUCAUUCGGUCUUCAACCUUCCCACAAACUGAUGUUCUUUCUAGUUCACUGGAAGCAGAACACAGAUUGUUAAAGGAGAUGGGCUGGCAAGAAGACAGUGAAAAUGAUGAAACAUGUGCUCCCUUAACUGAGGAUGAAAUGAGAGAAUUCCAGGUUAUUAGUGAACAGUUACAGAAGAACGGUCUGAGGAAAAAUGGUAUUUUGAAAAAUGGCCUGAUCUGUGACUUCAAGUUUGGACCCUGGAAAAACAGCACUUUCAAACCCACUAUUGAGAAUGAUGACACAGAGACAAGUAGCAGUGACACAUCAGAUGACGACGAUGUGUGAAGGAUUUCCUAACAGCUUUAGAAAUUUUAGUGUGAUACAUCUCUCAUACAGUUUGGGGUGAAUUGUAAAAAUGAAGAACUAUAAUUUAUGUAGUAAAAUACCCCAUUAGAAGAUGAUUUUUUUGGGGAACUUCAAUAUGAAGAAAACCAAGAAUGUUGUGUUGGGCUGUGUUGAACAUUAUUUCUUUGUUAAAUGAAUGUUGUAGAAAUGAGGACUUUGGUUGAUCCAACAUUGACUUUCUUCAUCACUGCAGCAUUUCUCUGACUAGCAAUGUGACGAUGUAACAAAUGAGAUUUUCUCAUUUAAUAAUAAAAAAAUUGUGUAAUGUUUUGCAAAGCUUCUGUCUUAAAAUGUCCAGGUCUUAAGAAAAAAGGCAGCUUACACUGUUUUGCUUGCAGAGUCGUAUCUUUUUCGUACAGUGGAAAUCCUCAAGUCCACUUUGUGCGGCUCCCCCCACCCUCACCCCUCACCCCCUGCAAAAAAGGACAAUGUAGCAUGUUGGCUAAAACUGGAGCAAAGUGCACUAAAACAUUAAUUUCCUGAACUCAACUAUUGUACUAGUCACCUUUUAAAACAUAAAUUGCUCUUUAGCCAUUUGUAGUUCAGUAAAUGUUACAGGAAAGACUUGCCACAUUUUCUUCCAAAUUUUAAGAGGUGAUUUUCAAGAGCUUUAUUUGGGUAUGUUGUCAGACCAGGAUUUUCAGAGUUGAUGGAAAAGAAUCUUGUGGGAAAACUUAUUUUGAUAAAUUAUUACACAUGCAGAAAAACUGAUCACACUGACUGGAUCUGUCCACAACAUGAAAAAUAAACUGGAUUUUCAGAA